AUGCCUAAAAUCAGAAAGAGAACCACUAGAAGAGUGACUUUGAAAAAGAAGUAUAGCAUCCAGAAAUCAGCAAAGGACACUAAGAGAAAGAUAAAGAAGGAGGCUAAGAAGAUGUAAAAGAGAGGAAUUCUCCAUAAAAAUACCAAGAAGGAAGUUGUGAUUCCAAACUCAUACCCCUACAAGGAGGAACUAAUGAAUGAAGCAGAGAAAAAAAUGUAAGAAGAGAAGGAUAUUAAAGCACAUCAAAAGGCUCUAGAAAAGGCUAAUGCUUAAUUACCAAAGGGAGAAACUCAUUUCGCCUAAGUUAUUAAGGGAAAUGUUAAAAAACAAGAGGAAGAAAAGCUGCAAGAUGGACUCACACAUCAAGAGAUUGCUGAAGCUGAGAGAUUAAUAGACCCACAGGCCUCUAAAGUUAAUAAUGUAUACUAAUAUAAGAAGGGUUACGCAAAGGAAGUUAGGAAGCUAGUUGAGCAAAGUGAUAUUGUUAUUGAAAUGCUCGAUGCUAGAGAUCCAGAGGGUUCCAGAAAUCAUGAUUUAGAAAAGGAGUGUCAGGAACUAAACAAGAAAGUCGUGUUAGUAAUAAAUAAAAUAGAUUUGGUUUCUGAUUAAAAUGCUUAAUAAUGGUAAAAGAAAUUGAGCAAGAGUCAUGAGUGCAUCUUGUUUAAAGCUCCCAAAAAGAGGUAAUCUUAAGAUGAAGAUGAGGAAAUGAAGGAUGAGGAAUAAGAGGAUGAAAUUAUUGGAUUAGCAGAUAUCAUUAAAAUUUUAAAGACUCAUUCAAAGAAAGUUUGCGUCAAAGAAAAGCUAAAAGACUAUAUUUUAGUCGGAGUGAUAGGAUAGCCAAACACUGGUAAAUCUACUCUUAUCAGAGUAUUGAGAAAAGAGAGAGCACCUGAUGCUCUCAAGGAUGGGCAAAAGCCUAACCCUAAGGAAAUUCGUUUACACAAAAAUAUCGCUAUCUUGUCAACCAAAGGUCUUGUUUUCCCAGACCCAGAACAAUAUGAGAAAUAUAUUCUAAGACAAGCAAUAAAAAUUGAAGAGAUCAAAGAUCCCAUUCAGCCAAUCCAACAUCUCAUAAAUAAAGUUGAAAAGCAAGAACUGCUAAGGCAUUUUAGAAUUGCAGACUUUAAGGAUGUUAAUGAACUCUUGGGCCAUAUUGCUAAAAAGAAGGGUCAUCUUUAAGCUGGAGGUAAAGCUAAUAUGGAUCAAGCUGCAAGAGCUAUCAUCAGGGAAUUCCUUCAUGGCAAAAUAAAGUACUCUUCAAACCCUAAACAAUGA